AUGCCACCGUCACUCGCCGACAUCAGCACGGCAGCCGAGGACAUUGGCGCCGACUUUUGGCCCGUCAAUCAACGGAUCCACGACAACCCGGAACUUGCCUGGCACGAAUUCAUCGCUCACGAUGCCCUCACAGCUUUCAUGGAGGCACAGUCAGGAUGGAAAGUCAAGAGAUCUGUAUAUGGCUUGGAGACGGCAUGGAUUGCCGAGUUCGAUAGUGGCGGCCCCGGCCCGGUUGUCUCCUUCAAUGCUGAAUAUGAUAGCCUGCCAGGAAUCGGACACGCGUGUGGUCACAAUCUGAUUGCAACGGCGGCGGUUGUCGGCGCGAGUGCCGCUGCUCGGGUCAUGGCGGCCAAGACACUUCCUGGCAAAAUCGUUCUCUACGGAACACCCGCCGAGGAGAAUGGUGGUGGCAAGAUCAAGCUCCUCGAAGCCGGCGCCUACAGAGACUACAACGUUGACAUUAGUCUCACCUCGCAUCCCAACAUACAGUCAACCUCGGCACGCAUGGGCACGACCGCCAUCUCCACCUUCAAGGUCGAGUAUUUCGGCGUUGCCGCCCAUGCGGCCGCGAACCCAUGGCUUGGCGUCAACGCACUGGAUGCCCUGGUGCAGGGCUACAACAACUUCUCAAUGCUGCGCCAGCAGACCGUUCCCGGCGAGAUCAUCCAAGGCUACAUCACCCACGGCGGCGACGCUACCAACAUUAUCCACAAGUACGCCGCGGGCCAGUUCACGGUCCGUGCCGACUCGGCGCAGCGUCUCGAGGUUCUGCGAGAGCAGGUCACUCGCUGCUUCAAGGCCGGCGCGCUUGCGACCGGCGCCAAGCUGACCAUGACCAACCUCGGCGCCUACAAGAAUCACAUCUCCAACGGUCCCAUGGCGGACGUGUUUACGCGCUACUAUAACGAGCUAGGCAAGGAUCACACGGUUGCCAUUGAUGCGGAUAAGGAUGCCGUCAAUGGCAAGACGCAGGCUAGCACCGACCAGGGCGACGUAUCCCAUGCCAUGCCUUCAAUCAGCCCCAUGUAUGAGAUUGAAGCCGGUCCAGGAGGCCAAGGCCCCCACAAUCCGGGCUUCGCAAAGUCGGCGGGCACCAAAGCAUCAUAUGCCCGCGCCUUGCGUGUUGCCAAGGGUCUCGCUGGCGUAGCUGUGGAGGCGCUGCGCGACCAGCGCUUCCUGGCCAAUAUCAAGAGCAGCUGGGAACGGGACAUAAAGGACAGCUGA